CGCGGCUGGAACGCUGGCUGCUGGGGACCCUGGAGCCGACCGUCCAGAGGAGGGGACGUCCACUGGGAUCUUCAAGCAGGGGCAGUUUGAAGAGUUCUGGUGUUGGCUUCCUCUUAACAGUGUGGGAGACUGUGUCAGUGAACUGUCCUGUCCCGUACUGUGUGCCACUUUGUGGGCACAUUUAUUACUAUCCCAACUUAAGUACCUGUUGCAGCUGCUGGAGUUGUCUGUGUCUUCUUGACUUAAUUUUGGAUGGCUUUGGGGAUCUUUGCAAAUUGCACGUUCUGCUUGAAAGUCAAACACUUACCUCGUCAAGAGAAGAAAAAGCUGCAGGCUGAUAUCAAGGAGAAUGGAGGAAACUUUUCAUUUUUAUUAAAUCCUCAGUGCACGCAUGUGAUCUUAGACAAUGCUGACGUCCUGAGUAGGUAUCAGCUGAACUCCAUCCAGAAGAAUGAUGUCCAAAUCGCAAGCCCAGAUUUCAUAUGGGACUCUGUCAAGCAGAGGAGACUCCUGGAUGUGAAGAACUAUGAUCCCAAGUCACUGGUUGUCCUUUCUCCUCCCAAUGACAAGAGCUGUGUUGAGGUGGAAACAGAAGAUGUGUCUUUGGACAACACACCAGAGAAUGAGAACACUGAAGUCACCCAGGUUUCUGCGGAAAAUGUCGAAAUUCAUCAUUUUCUUCAAGACUUUGAAGUUGUGAAAUAUAAUGUCUUAGAAAAAGUGGGAACAGACGGAAGCCAGGAGACUGUGGUGGUAGAGCUUCAGUGUUCCCAGGACCCCGGGGACUGCCCCUUUGUGAUAUCAGCGCACUUCCUCCUGGCCGACCGCGUACAGACGAGAAGAGAGAGCACCGGAAAGCAGACCUCUGAAGGCGCCAGUGAAUAUUAUGACCGCUACAUUGAAGACCUGAAGACACAAGGAUUUCUGCUCCAGGAGCACUUCACAGCUGAAGCAACACAAUUAGCAUCUGAAAAGCUGCAGGCAUUGCUUUUGGAGGAGGUCAUAAGUUCAGGCGCUUUGAGCCAGGAGGUGAGCGCUUUGGUGGAAAUGACCUGGGCAGAAGCUCUGGGGCACCUGGAGCACACCCUCCUCAAGCCGGUGAACAGCAUAAGCCUGAAUGACGUGAGUAAAGCAGAGGGGGUUCUCCUUCUCGUAAAAACAGCACUGAAGAAUGGAGAACCAGCAGAGCAACUGCAGAAGACGAUGGCCGAUUUCUACCGACUGAUUCCUCACAAACACCCGGCAUCUGAAGAAGUUAACCUGAGGUUGUUAGCUCAGAAAGAGGACCUUUGUCAGCUAGUGAGAGACAUGGUGAAUGUUUGUGAAACUCAUUUAUCCAAACCCAACCCACCGUCCCUUGCCAAGUACCGAGCCUUGAGAUGCAAAAUCGAACAUGUUGAGCAGAAUACUGAGGAAUUUUCCAGGGUUAGAAGAGAAGUGUUACAGAGUAAUCACGGUCAGAGUCCAGGAGAUGUCUUGCAGAUAUUUAGAGUUGGCAGAGUUAACGAAGCCACAGAGUUUUUGGGCAAACUGGGCAAUGUACGGUCCUUAUUCCAUGGAUCUCCUGUGCGGAACAUUCUUGGAAUCUUGUCCCGGGGACUGCUUUUACCGAAAGUAGCCGAAGACCGUGGUGUGCAAAGAACAGAUCCUGGAAAUCUGGGGAGUGGCAUUUACUUCAGCGACUCACUCAGUACGAGCAUUAAGUACUCACACGCGGGAGAGAUAGAUGGCUCCAGACUCCUGGUUGUCUGUGAUGUUGCCCUGGGAAAGUGUAUGGACUUAUUCAAGAAGGACUUUUCUUUAACUGAGGCACCUCCGGGCUAUGACAGUGUGCAUGGAGUUUCGAAAACGGCCUCUGUCCCCACAGACUUUGAGGAUGACGAAUUUGUUGUUUAUAAAACCAGUCAAGUUAAAAUGAAAUAUAUUGUUAAAUUUCGCAUUCCUGGAGACCAAAUAAAGGACUUCCAUCCUGACGAAAAUACUGAAUUAGAGGAACACAGUGCUGAGCCUUCAAAUGUUUCAAAGGUUGAAGAUUUCCAGUUACCAGACGUCAAGCCCCUCACCAACGUCAAAGCUGGCCUUCAGGACAAAUCUGCGAACUCUGUCCCUCUUGAUAGUGUUCACAUCAAGGGAAGAAUAAUAGACUUUGUAGCCCAGAUCAUUGUUUUUCAGACAUACACAAAUCAAAGUCACGUGCCUAUCGAGGCAAAAUAUAUUUUCCCUUUGGAUGAUAAGGCAGCCGUGUGUGGCUUCGAGGCGUUUAUCAACGGGAAGCACAUAGUAGGAGAGAUAAAAGAGAAGGAAGAGGCCCAGCAGAAAUACCGAGAGGCUGUCAACCAAGGCCAUGGCGCUUACUUGAUGGACCAGGACACUCCGGAUGUCUUCACUGUCAGCGUUGGAAACCUUCCCCCUCGGGCUAAGGUCCUCAUCAAAAUCACCUACAUCACAGAACUCACCUUCCAAAGCCCUGUGGCUGUCUUCUUCAUGCCUGCCACCGUAGCGCCCUGGCAACAGGACAAGGCUUUGAAUGAGAACCUUCAGGAUACAGUGGAGAAGGUCUGUAUAAAGGAAAUAGGAACGAAGCAAAGCUUCUCCCUGGCUAUGUCCAUUGAGAUGCCCUACAAGAUUGAAUUCCUCUCCAGUGACACACACGAGCUGAGACAGAAGAGCACAGACUGCAAAGCUGUGAUUAGCACUGAGGAAGGCAGCUCCUUAGACAGCAGUGGAUUUUCUCUCCACAUUGGUUUGUGUGAUGCGUAUCUCCCAAGAAUGUGGGUUGAAAAACAUCCAGAAAAAGAAAGUGAGGCUUGCAUGCUUGUCUUUCAACCGGAUCUGGUGGCCACCCUUCCCAACCUCCGUGCAAAGAAUGAACUGAUUAUUUGUCUUGACUGUUCCAAUUCCAUGGAGGGUGUGACAUUCAUGCAAGCCAAGCAAGUUGCCCUGUACGCUCUGUCUCUGGUGGGUGAGGAGCAAAAAGUGAACAUUAUGCAUUUUGGCACAGGUUACAAGGAGCUGUUUUCAUAUCCGAAGUACAUUACAAACAAUAAAGUGGCCACAGAGUUCAUCAUGUCUGCGGCAUCUGCCAUGGGGAACACAGACUUCUGGAAAGUUCUUCGCUAUUUAAGUCUACUGCACCCUUCUGAAGGGUUACGGAACAUUCUCCUCAUAUCUGAUGGGCACCUCCAGAGUGAAAGCCUGACAUUGCAGCUUGUGAAAAGAAACAUCCAUCACACCAGGCUGUUCACCUGUGCUGUCGGUUCUACAGCAAAUCGUCACAUCUUAAGGACCUUGUCUCAGUGUGGUGCUGGAGUAUUUGAAUAUUUUAACUCAAAAUCCAAGCAGAGUUGGAAAAAACAGAUAGAAGCCCAAAUGACCAGGAUGCGUUCCCCGAGCUGCCACUCCGUCUCUGUCAAGUGGCAGCAGCUCAGCAGAGAUGCCCCUGAGCCUCUGCAGGCUCCAGCCCAGGUGCCUUCCUUGUUUCAUAACGACAGGCUCCUUGUCUACGGAUUCAUUCCCCACUGUACCCAGGCAACUCUGUGUGCUUUCAUCCAAGAGAAGGAAUUUCAUACGAUGGUGUCGACUACCGAGCUUCAGAAGACAACUGGGACUAUGAUUCAUAAACUGGCAGCUCGAGCACUGAUCAGAGAUUAUGAGGACGGUAUUCUCCAUGACAAUGAAACCAACCACGAGAUGAAGAAAAAAACCAUGAAAUCUCUGAUUAUUGAACUCAGUAAAGAAAAUUCUCUAAUUACACAAUUUACAAGCUUUGUGGCAGUUGAGAAAAGGGACGCUAAUGAGAUUCCUUUUGAUAAUGCCCCAAAUAUUUUGGAACUUGUUGCCAAAGAAGAUGUAGACUUUCUCCCAUACGUGAGUUGGCAGGAAAAGUACCCAGAGGCCUUCAUAACACUGGCAGAGUCUGACUGUUUGGGACUAGAGCAGAAUGACGUCACCAAUGGCGGCAGACCACUACAGGAGCCUGAAAUAAACUUCAGAUACCUUGCAGCCAGCGCUCCAUUAGGCAGCUUUGACUCACCCGAGCCCUUCUCGGUCUCCUCUGAAGAGAAGGAGAAACAGCGCCAGCUACAUUUGACUAAAAAACUCAAAAAAAAGCUAAGGAUAAGUUUUGAAGGAGUUUCUGAAGAUUUUGAAUGCGUGACCCCAGAGCCACAGUCACGUGCAGCAGCAGAGUCUCCCAGUGUCCACUCACAAUUGGAAGGUGUGGGCCGGCCAUUGGGUGUGAAUCGCGUGGCGUCAAUGAAAAGAGAGGGGGGAUUUAAAAGAAGUAUGUCGGCGACUAAAGCAACAUACGGGGCUGCUCCCAUGGGUUCUUCUGCUCUUGCAGAUCGGGUUUCUGUUCUUUCUCGCUGCAGCUCCCAGUCUGCUUUGUUCUCUCCUCCCAGCCACAUUCCAAGUGCUCUUCCUCUUGCUGCCCCUCUCCCUGGUGGCACCCACCUUCCUCUCUCUCCCUCUUCCCCUGGUGCCCCCUGUCUUCCUCCCGCUCCCCCUCCCUCUGGUGUCGCUGGUCUUCCUCCCCCUCCCCCUCUCCUUUUUGGCAGCCAUUUUCCUCCUCCUCACAGAGAAUUCAUCCCAUUUAACUCACCUGUGUUUGGCCAAAGCCCUAAGCCUGCAGGGGGUACCAGCAUCUUCCAUGAUUUGGGGUCUCCUCCCAGGUAUCCCUACUUGGGCUUUGGCAGUGUUACAGCUUUCUCAGGUAGUUUCUCCAGUUCAGAUCCAGUGAAAGUUUCCCAAAGGCCCGACAUCCCCGACAUCCCCGUCUUCUCUUCCCAAGUCCCUAAGGAACGUUAUCUAAAGUCUAAGGCAGUUCUUGGCCUUCCUCCUCUCCCCAAAGUUGUUAGCUCUAAGCAUCCCCGGAGGGCUUCACAUCGUUAUAAAAGUGCCUCCCUCCCUCGGGGACCUGAUGACAGAAUCGCAGGUACCAAAAUGGAUUUAGGUGAACCGACUCUCUCCUUUGAGUCUCUGUUCUUAAAUCGUUCUGCCAGCGCUGCGCCAUCAGAGGGCUUGGAAGGCCUGGGUUUUCAAGACAUGCUUUUGCCUGCCUCAUUCGAAACAAAAAUGGAUGAAGCAGAAAUGGAGGAAGCAAUAGGAUAUGACGCAUGCAAGAUAGAGAUUUGUGCAACAAAGGAAGCUUCUGCAGAGGAAGAUGAGGAAUGGGUGACCCGCGAAAGCGCUUCCACAGAGGAAGAUGAGGAAUGGGUGAGCCUUGAAAGCGCUUCCACAGAGGAAGAUGAGGAAUGGGUGACCCGCGAAAGCUUUCCUGCACCGUGGAUUUCGCUCUUUGCCCUACAAACCGAGGAUGGUUUCUGGAAACUGACACCAUCACUAGGAUUUAUACUAAAACUUAAUGUAAAUACUCUACACAAUUUUCUUGAAGAAAAAGGCAUUCGAUCUCUAGGUACAAAAGGAAGAGACUGUCUCCUGGACCUAAUUGCCACCUUGCUGGUACUGCAGUUUCUUCGUACCAGGUUGGAACAAGAAGGGAUGGUUGCCAAGUCACUGAUGAAGAUGGAUGACACCUUCAUCUCCAGGAAUAUUCCAUGGGCUCUUGAGAACAUAAAGAAAGCAAGUGAAUGGGCCAGAAAAACAGAAGGCCAGUAUCCAUCUAUCUGCCAACGGCUUGAGCUGGGUAAAGACUGGGAGUCAGCCACAAAGCAACUACUGGGGAUUCAGCCCCAUGCCAACAGCUCUCUUUACCGACUUCUACAUUGCAAUCAAGGUUGAAUUUAAUGAAAUUUCAUUUUAAACAUUUCUCACAUA